AUGUGCUUAGAAGCAGAAGAAACCAGGUAUAUCUGGUUUGCCGACAUUGAAGCCGCUACGAAGCAUUCGCGGGCUCAUGUACCGUCGGUGCACCCCGAGAGGCUCACCCAGCCCAGCAUCAAAAGCUACACCCAAUGCAGAGACAAGAGCCGUGCGAAAGGACGCCCACCCUCAUCCAGACCACGAAGCAAGUUGUACAGCAAGCUGGAGCAGAAAUGA